CACAUCUCGCGAUAAUUUUGGAACAUAAAUACAACCGCUUUCGCUUCCCACGCACCGUCAGUCUGCUCGUUAGCAAGUGGGACGCACCCAAAACUAUCGGUUUUGUUUCAGAAGACAUGGCGGCAGCUGAAGUUAUCUCAAAUCAGAAUGUGGUGGAGAGAGUGACGAGCCUUCCUCUGGUGAGCUCCACCUAUGGCCUGGUGUCCAGCGUGUACUCCAACACUAAGGAAACCCACCCUUACAUCAGGAGUGUGUGUGAGGCUGCUGAACAAGGAGUGUGGAACAUCACCUCUGUGGUUUUCAUCACUGCUUCUCCCAUCAUUGGCAAGCUGGAGCCUCAGAUUGCCAUUGCCAAUGACCUAGCCUGUAAAGGUUUGGACAGGAUUGAAAAAACCUUGCCUAUUCUUCACCAGCCAUCUGAGCAGAUUGUUUCCAAUGCCAAAGAUGUGGUAACCACUGCUAAAGAUGUUGUGACAGGCACAGUGUCUGGUGCCAAGGACACGGUCUCAGACACUCUGACCAGUGCUGUGGAAAAGACUCGAGGUGUGGUGCAGGAUGGGAUGGAGAAGACCAGGGCUGUUGUCAGCGGGAGUGUCAGCACAGUGCUGGAGAGCAGAGUGGCCCGGCUGGUCAGCAGCGGAGUGGACACGGCCCUGAGCACCUCAGAGAGUCUGGUGGAGCAGUACCUGCCUCUGACAGAGGACGAAGUGGAGCUCGAGGCAAAAACUGUGAGAGGCUUUGACAAAAAGGAGCGGAGCUACUAUGUCCGCUUGGGUUCACUGUCCACCAAGCUGAGAAAGCGGGCGUACACCAGUGCCCUGGCUAAAAUCCAAGACACCAAGCAGCGAAGCAAGGAAUUCAUCUCUGAACUCAACUCAACUGUUGACCUGAUUGAAUAUGGCAGAAAGAAUAUUGACGGUGCAAACAAGAUGGUGAAUGACAAGCUUAGCUCCCUGGUGGUGUGGAAGUCCAAUAGUUCAAAUCAGGAGAAUGGUCAUGAGGCAGAGGUAAUUGAGUCUCGCACCUUGACUCUGGCACGUUCCCUCACCCAGCAGCUCCAGACCACCUGCCUCGUCCUCGUCUCCAGCCUGCAGGGCCUCCCACACCACAUCCAGCAGGAGGCACUCUCCCUCAGCCACUCUGCCACACAAAUCUACCACAACUUCAGCAAGGCCAACAGGCUGAGAGACCUGCCAGACAGUGUGCUGACCAGCAGCAAAGUCCACCUUGGCAGAAUGAAAGAUUCCCUAGACAACGUGUUGGAUUAUCUGGUCAACAACACGCCGCUCAACUGGCUGGUCGGUCCCUUCUACCCCCGGAUGGACCCGGAGGCGAAUCGCACACAGCGCUCUGCUGCCAGCAGCUCACAAGCUACAUCCUCCAGCUCUCCCUGCAGCCAGCAACAUCAGGAGGAGCCCAAAGAAAUCGAGAUGGAGUCGCUCCAUUCCCAGCAGCAGCAAUGAUCCUUUACAUUUUAAUGUUCUGAAUUUUAACUAAUAUAUUCUGUUUCGCAGGCAAAGAUUUGACUUUUAACAAGGCUGAAUUCAUUUGGAUGUAAAACCAAUGUAGUUCACUUUUGAGCAAUUCUUGCUGUAAUCACAUAACCUAAAAUGUGAUACUUGCCAAUUCUUUGACCAAUUUUCUAAUUGUCACAUUUAGUGGCAACAUUGAAUCCUGUGCUUAUUUCUAUAUAAACUUCAGUGGAAUCAGA